AGGAGCCAUGCAACAUCUGCAGAACCGGAUGGCAAAAGAGCAGGAGGAAAAAUAAUCCAAGUGGAGUGCUCAGGGGACGUUGAGUUCUUUUUCUUUUUUUUUUUUUUUCCUUUUUUUUUUUCUUCUUCUUCUUCUUCUUCUGCGUACCUGUGAGAUUCAAUUUCACAUUUUGCUAAGCCCAUUUUGGGGCAUUUUAUUUUUCUUUCUCUUGGGAUUUUCUCCAUUGCCAGAGGAUGUCUCUUGUUGAGAGGAUGCUGAAAGGAAGAAGAAACGAAUUCUUUGACUGGCACUGAAGGAGGGGGGGGGGGAUAUUUUUCCCCCACAUUUUUUAGUUUUUCUCAUUAUUCUCUUUCUCUAGGAAAUCACUAACUGGGGGGGGUUGGUUUCUUUUUUUCCCUCCCCCCCUUUUCUUGGAGGGGGAUUUCAGGAGAUCCAUCCUUCUUUCCCCUCCCCUCCAAAGAUUUUUUUUUCAUCCUUCGUCUUUGUGGAAAUGUGGACAUUUCAGGCAGACAGAUUGAGUGGAAUUGUCUCUGCUUUAGCAGCUCUUUGUCUCGCCUGCUGUGCGCAAAGCCCCUCCACUGGGAAUAUUUCUGUGGUGAAAGAGAUCGUGGACAAACUGCUAAAGGGCUAUGACGUCCGCCUCAGGCCUGACUUUGGAGGUAACCCUGUCACAGUGGGAAUGAGCAUCCAUAUCUCCAGCAUUGACCAGAUCUCUGAAGUCAACAUGGACUACACCAUCACCAUGUACUUCCAGCAGAGCUGGCGGGACAAACGCCUGGCAUACAAUGACCUUCCUCUCAACCUGACCCUGGACAACCGGGUGGCUGACCAGUUGUGGCUGCCUGACACCUAUUUCCUGAACGACAAGAAGUCCUUUCUGCAUGGAGUGACAGUGAAGAAUCGCAUGAUCCGGCUCCAUCCUGAUGGGACUGUCCUAUAUGGCCUGAGGAUCACUACCACGGCUGCUUGCAUGAUGGACCUGCGGAGGUACCCCCUGGACCAGCAGAACUGCACGCUGGAGAUCGAGAGCUAUGGUUACACGGUUGAUGACAUUGUCUUCUUCUGGCAAGGAAAUGAUUCUGCUGUCACGGGGAUGGAGGUGCUAGAACUGCCCCAGUUCACCAUCAUUGAGCAGAGGCUGGUCAGCAGGGAAGUGGUCUUCACCACCGGUUCAUAUCUGCGCUUAUCCUUGAGUUUCCGGAUCAAGAGAAACAUUGGUUACUUCAUUCUGCAGACCUACAUGCCAUCUAUCCUCAUCACUAUCCUGUCCUGGGUCUCCUUUUGGAUCAAUUAUGAUGCUUCUGCUGCACGAGUGGCGCUGGGGGUCACCACGGUACUUACAAUGACUACCAUCAACACCCACCUGCGAGAGACUCUCCCCAAGAUUCCUUAUGUCAAGGCUAUCGAUGUUUAUCUCAUGGGUUGCUUUGUCUUCGUGUUCCUGGCACUCCUGGAGUACGCUUUUGUCAACUACAUAUUCUUUGGGCGAGGCCCCCGGCAGCAGAAGAAACAGAGUGAACGGAUCAGCAAGGCUAACAAUGAGCGCCACCGUUAUGAAGAGAAGAGGGUGAGAGAGCAGGUUGACCCUUACGGUAACAUCCUCCUCAGCACUCUGGAGAUGAACAACGAGCUGCUGGCCACGGACAUGAUGAGCAGUGUCGGUGACUCUCGAAACUCUGUCAUGUCCUUUGAAGGCUCAGGAAUCCAAUUCCGCAAGCAGCUGGCCUCUCGGGAUGGAUUUGGUCACCACCCAACCCUGGACCGCCACGUCCCGCUGACCCACCAUGCCGCAGCCCGCAACCGUGCCAACUGCCGUCUCCGCCGGCGGUCAUCUAAGCUGAAGCUCAAAAUCCCAGACCUGACAGAUGUCAGCACCAUUGACAAGUGGUCACGAAUCAUUUUUCCAAUCACCUUUGGAUUCUUCAACCUUGUUUACUGGUUGUACUAUGUAAAUUGAUGCCUGCAGCCUCCAAGAGAGAUAGGGACAGACACUCAGACAAUGACAACACAGGAGUGUUGUGGUCUUUUGGGUUUGGGUUUUACUCUUUACUAUCAUUAUCAUUUAUUCCUUUGAUUCAUUAGAUUUAUUCUAAGCUUACUCUUCUCUUUUCAGCACAUGUAGAACCACGGAGUGUUGGGGGGGAUAAGGGAGAGAAGAGUAUAUGGGAGGGGAUUUGGUUUCAGGGAGGGAUGCGUUUGUCUUGAUUUUGGUUUCCUGCUGAAGGACUUAAAUCAUUGUAAAAAAGAAAAAAGAAAAAAAAAUGAAAAAAAUGAAAAGAAAAAAAAAAGGAAAAAAAAGAAAAAAAGACAUAAAAAGAAAAAAAAGAAAAAACAACAACAACAAAAAAAAGAAAAGUUUUAAAUAGGGGGGGAGGGAGAUUUAAAGAAAUUGAGUCAAAAACUGGUGGGGGGGAUAGGUUAUCUUCGGCUGUGCUCACUAAUGCGCUAUCCUCACUUCCAUUUCACUACUGAAUUUCAUCUUUCUCUUCUCAGUAUUAUUAUAUUUUUUUAAUCUUUCUUCUGUCGCUGUUCUUAACCCCUUCAUGUUUAUUCCUUCAUGGAUUCAUGAGAUAGUGGUGUUUCAUUCUCAUGCUAUGAGAUUUCUCUUUUCUUUUUCUCUCUCCCUCUCUCUUGCUUACAAGCCUAAAAGAAUCUUUUAAACCAACAAAUAAAAAGAAUAUUUAUUUUGGAAGAGCUGGGAAGGGGGGAGGACAGGGCAAUUAUUUGGGAGGGAAGGGGCAAUGUGGGGGCAUAGGGGGGUGGGAGGAGGGAGCUUAUCAAAAGCAAAGGCACAUUUGCAAGUUGCCUUUUUCCACCUUCAGGAGUCUGCAAGAUGUUUUUCCUGUGUGAAUGGGUGUGGGGGUGUGUGUGGCGCAUCUGUGUGUGUGUGCGCGUGUGAAUGUAGAUAUGGAUGUGUGUGUGCAAGCAUGUUUUCUGGGGUGGGGAGCUGGGGAGGGGGGUUUUGUAAUGUCUUUUGUAGAAAGAGAACUCAGAUGACAUUUAACUGGCAGUGUUUUGGGGGGAAUAGCAGGGUUUUGUUUGCUCAUUGCAACUUUGUGAGGUUGGAGGUUGGAAUCCCAGCUUGUACUAGAGAAAUAGGGCUGGGGACAGUAGAUUGUGCAAAUAUACUUGCUGAGGAGAGAGAGGGCUUUGUGGAUCAGCAAUGGGAUGGCGCCAUUGUCCACUGCUGGCAUCUGAUCUAAACUGAUUUAGUCCUGAAAUGAGGGCUUGUUCCUAAUCAUUUCCAAUCUGCAUCUUUCUUACUGAAUUUUGGGAGAAAAGCAGUUACAGGACUCUGAAAACUCAGCCAUUUCCCCCCUCUACCUGCUCUUUUUGCCAGACAAGGGACUUCACACUCCAGUCCACCAAGUAACCAUAGCCUACAGCAAGGUGCAGGAAGGGGUGUACAUUGUUUAACUCGUUGUGCUUCAGGAUGAAAAAAAUCCAGAAAUGAUAACUAUUCCCUUUCCUAAGAACUUCAGAAGCAAAUAGUGGGCUGGCACCCUCUGAUGUGUACUGCUUCUAUCUGGCCUUGCUUUGUGUCUGUUAAAACAUGCGGAGUGUAGAGAAGAGGACCCUGUGUUCCUUCCUGCAAAAGAUGCAACUGAGGAUGCAGUAGAGUUCUGUGGAGCAUCAUCCCUCUGGAAGACAAUGGUCUUCAAAAACUGGGCAGGCUGAAGGUUGCAAUGAAAAUGCUGAGCUUGUCAGUGCUUGUGGAAGCCCCUAAGUCUGUAGCAGCUUACAUCCACACGCACGUUAUUAAGGUACAGAAGGGUAACUUGGCCUUGGAUGGCAAGGUCAACUUUUUUUCCAAAGGAGCCAGUGACUUUCAGAAAAUCACUGAAUUAUUGGCCACUUUGGCAAUCACUGAUGAUUGAUAAUCUCCCUUAUAAUGUUAAUAAAAGCCAUGAAUAUAAUAAAUUCACAAGUGCAAAACUUUAACCUUAGGGUCAUUCUGCCAUUCCUGGAGUAAUGAUGAGAACCUUUUUCUUACCCGAUAGAGGUUUUUACAUGCCAGACACACAGACACAAACACAUGGCCUUGAAUCCAAACAUCCCUUUAUUUUCCUGCAAGCAUUCUCUUCCUUUUUUCUUAGAUCCCAUUGUUUGGGAGAGCAGAGUGAUCCUCUGAGACCAGGGAAACUCCUGUUUUUGAGAUGACAGAUGCAUCUCAUGCACAGUUUCUCAUUUACUAAUUUAUGUCUGUACAGUGCUAUGAAAAUGUGAAUCACUAUAGACCUGACCUAGUAACACUGAAGUCAUGGAAAGUUUUGUCUUGACUUGGAUGAAGUAGGAUCAGGGCUCAUCAGAGUAAUAAGUAUUGUUAUUUUUAUAUCAGUAAUGUGUUUUAUGCAUUUUCUACUGGUAGAAUCCUAAACAUAAGUGUAGAGCAUCCAUUCUUCUCAGUCAUCCCCAAUCUCUGUCUCCUUUUGUCAUGUUCAUGCAUGCACACAUUUAGUCCAGGCCUCCCUGGACUCACCAAGGUUUUAGCACAACUCUUAAAUCAGGCUUAGAUUCCUAGCUGCCCUGCAGAACAGUCUCUUGCUGGUUUCCACAUUUGACUGAUACUGUUGAAAUUGGGUUUUCCCAAUGUGGUUGCAGUUUAUUGUUGACAUGGGUCUGUAUAGGAAUAAGAGUGAAAAGUGAACAGAGCUAGAUCAUAGAACUAGUGCCGAAUCAGGUAGUUUUGUCUGCCUGAUAUGUAGGAAUUUAAAGGUUGGCCAGAGAAGAAAGUUACACUUUCAAGUGGGGUUUAAUUUGAAAAUGGCUUUUAAAACUUUUAAUGGAAGUCAUAAAGUUGUAUUUUAUGACAUCAACAGUAUAACGUAGGUGGAUAUACGCAUGCCAGAUGGAGGCUGUCUAGCAGCAGGUUUCAUUUUUAAGGGGAAUCUAACCAGCUGAUUGGUCAUUAAAUAAAAUAUCUAAACACUUAUCCUUUAUAUAUGUGAUUGCAGUGUAAAGGGUGGUCAGAAUGACAGAAGGAAAAAAAAAAAAAAGAGGCAGUUGUAAGAAGCCUGUUAAGACUGGAGGGAGAACAAAUGGCUACAUGGUAAGAAAUGAUGAAGCUGAGGGAGAUGACUCAGGAACUCCAGUAAUAUGACAGCUGUAGUAGAAACCUGACAAAUCUGUGGCAGGAGUUAGGCACCUGAGAGCUCUCUCAGCUGGUCCCAAAGGCCAGCAGUGGCACACAGAUGUGAAGCAAAGCCCACCUAUGCUCUUUGCUGCUUGGGCGCAGAGCCCUACAGGGAAGGGGGCUCCUGCCAGCCACUUACAGACCCAUCCAGCCAUGCAGGUAUAGCCCAAGGCCUCCAGCAGCUGGAGAUCAGGCACAGGGGUGUCUGUGUUUACUCUUUGAGGCUUCAAUCAGAGAUUGAGCCCAGAAUUUCAUAGUGACAAUCCAAAAGCUUUCCAGGGAAAAAGCACUGCUCAGCUGAUUUCUUCACCUGCUGGGAUUCGAAGCCAGGCUCCUUUGCUAUUGCCUCGGUUCUCUGUUGGCUGGGUUCUCUUUCUUAUCAGGAGUCAUCCUAGUUUCUCUCUUUGAAUGUUUCUGACCUGUCAUUGCCAGGCCAGUUUUACUUCAUAGAGUCAGUCUUAGUAUAUCCAGACAUCUGGACUAUUUGGUCCUACACAAUAAUCUUUGCCAAAGAGUGUGCGGUCAGGACUUUUCACAGUUCAGGAACUGCCUUAUAAUUUCUGGUGACAGAGCAGGAUGCUUGGAGAACAACUGAGUCCUGUAAGUCAGAUGAGUAAUAGAAAAUGUGGUCCUGGAUGAGGGAAGAAUGCUGAAGGCCUUUAGACAUGCCCUCCUCCAGGACCUAGGUGGCACCUCCAUUUUCCCCCUCCAUAGCUAUGUGUCCACCCCUAAGAUAGGCAACAAACCCGUGUGUUGCUUUAAGGUCCAGUGAUCCAGAAAGGAGACAGUGGAUAAAAAAAAAUGAGGUUUGAUCAAACAAGGCUGAGAGGUUUCAAGCCACCACAAGCAUGAGGAAAGGAAAGGCAGGAGCCUCUAAUGCAGUGGGUACAAAGCUCUUGUUAUUGGAAAGUUGGAGGAGAUUUCCACUCUGCACUCAUGUGCCUGCUGCUGUCCACCUUUGCUUCAUGAAGGGAGAGCAGUGGGGAGGAAAGAGUGUGAGCGCUGUUCUGCAGAGGAGCUGCUUCUGGCUUUUGCUGGAGUGGUGCAAGAGGCAAUUCUGAGUGGAGCUCGGUUUGUUUGCAGCUUGGGACAGGGCUGCUGCUUGCAGGGUCUUGGUGUUUGGGCAAAGACUUUAACAUGAGCAUGAUGGAAGCACCAGGCUGCCUGAGGGAGCUGGUCUGGAGAACGUUCUGCACCUUUCCCAUGCAUAGCAGCCUAAGGUAGGCAUGUGGAGGAGGAGAAAGAAGGGGAGAAACAGAAAUGAAAUCUCUCUCAGGAUAUACAUGGCCAACAUAACUCUAUCGCUUCAUUUUCUGAUACUGUAUAGUGCUGUCACUCAGGGACCUUUAGGAACUAGGACCUUGGGACUGUAAUCCUACCUGUCCCUCUCCUAUCCCCCCUUCACCUUGAGAAUUAAGAACUGAAGAGAGAAAGAGAGAAAGAGCAGAAGAGGAAAAUAAGAGCCCUGGUAGCAAACCCCUGCUAUUCCAUGGGUGAAAGUAAAGCUUUGGUUACUAAGGUAAAAGGAAAAUGUAUACCUUUAUAUUCAUGUCUUCAAGCAUAAACCAGCCCGUAGUGUAUAUAGGAUAAGUUCACAGUGCAUGAAACAAACAGGACUAUAGGUCUUAACUGGCAUCCAGCUUUCUUGCAUGCACAUCUGACACCAUGCCAGCAGCUUAUGUCUUGCAAAUAAGUAGGGAACCUGCCAAGGCUUGGCACUUCCUCUGUCCAAUGGACAGCACAUCCACUUCCCAGAAACAGAGCCAUGCGGGGAACUGAUUGGGCCAGUCUGUUUGACCAGAUCUGCUCCAGAGGCCCUGGUAUGAGGAGAUAAGGGGUGGGGGAGGGAGUUGGUUUUGUUUGCCUUUUUGUGGAGAGGGGGAAGGGGUUUUAAAUCUCUGAGCUGUAUCAGGCAGAAGCGAAACCUCUGGAGCUGCAGACCAAAGGACAGUGGCUUUAGGAAAGGUGUUUGCUGAAAUCCUGAAGGAAUGGAUGGGAUGAGGAAGAGGUGGCUGGUGGGAGAGAGCUGUAACCGCAGAAGCAGAGUUGAAUAGGAGAGAGGUAGUGAAAAUACAUGUGCAAUACAAAAGGUUUGAAAGGAUUAGAGCACUGGAAACCGGGGACGUGUAGUGAGCCAGACAGGCUGGGUGCAGCUGCAGGCAGCACUCAAGGAAACCCAGCCAUGGCAGCAGUCCCUGGUGGGCACGGACCGCAGACUCUGGGAGAUGGUGAGGGCAGGAACUGGGAAAGGAGCCAGAGACUCAUGGUGCUCUGCUGUCAGAAAGAGCUCAGUCCCUUUAGGCAGGGACAAUCAUUUGCAUCUGGACAAUGUUGCAGGAGCUGGGCUGGGAUAUGCAGGAGAGCUACCGCCAUCCCAAGCUGGGACAGCGGCCAAGCUCUGCCCUGGUGUCAGAGAUAAGGGAGAACCGGGCAAGAAAUGCCAUGCAGGUUACCAAAUGCUUUGUUGGAAAUGAGACUGGGCUUACCAAGCAGGGUGGGAUGUCUUUACAAUAGGCAUGGAAAUUGGGUCGGGGUAUGGGUCAGGCAAGAGAUGUGAAAUCUAUGUGUUGGAAGCAGGACCUAACGCAGAUGCUGGGAGGGAGGGAGGAAGGGUGGGA